GCUGGAUCAGACGCAGCUUUGGGUGUUUCUCUUUAAUUCUGCGGCAUCUCUCUCCUCUCAAUGCGGGCCUGCUGUGGUGGAGGAGGGCGGGCCGUGGAAACACACAAUGAGCAGAUUCCGGACCGUCAACUCGUUGAUGAUGCGACAUGAACGGGAGCAGAUGAUUUCUGCUCCACUAUAACGUGAUUUGCAUAGACUGAGUUUAAGCAGCAAGAAGCGGCUGAAACUGAAGACUGAAAACUGAGGCUCGUCGGAAUUUUGGGAGAUUUUUUUUUUCUUCCCUGCAGCGGUAUUUUUUGCGCAGCACUUAGGAAAAAAGGGGGGUAUGACCUCCCGAUCAGCUGAUCAAACACUUCAGUGAGUGAAACUGCGUGUGUUGAGUUAAAGGUGGUGGUGGUGGUGGGUGGGGGGCAGCGGUACAAGAUGAUGAUGUCCUUGAUAGAUCUGGACGAUGAUCAGCGGUGGGUGCCUACUCAUGUUAAUGUCACCGUGCUCCGCGCCAGGGGGCUGCGAACCAAGGGCAAGCACGGCAGCCGCUACCUCUACACCAUCAUCCAGGUGGGGAAGGAGAAGUACACCACCGGGCUGGUGGAGAAGGCGGAGGUGCCCGUGUGGAACGAGGAGUGCUGCUUCGAGCUGCUCCCCGGGAUCCUGGAGGAGGGCGGCCGCAGCGCGUUCCCCCCGGGGAGCGGAGAUCUGGUCCUCACCGUCAUGCACCGGGUCCUCAUCGGGCUGGACGUGUUUCUGGGUCAAACCAUCAUCCCUCUGGAUAAGAUAUUCCAGGACGCAAUGUGUCCCAGAGAUGAGUGGUUCAAGCUGAACUCCAAGGCGGGUAGAAAAGAGAAGGAACGUGGCGAACUUCAGGUGACGGUCCAGUUCACCCGCAACAACAUGACAGCCAGCAUGUUCGACCUCACCAUGAAGGACAAGCCCCGGUCUGCUUUCAGCAAGCUCAAGGAUCGCGUAACUGGGAGGAAAAGGGGUGAUGUGGAGUCUUCCUCAGCCAUUGUGCCAGGCCGCUACGCUGCGUUGUCAGGGUCCCUGGGGCAACCGUUUGGAGAGGAGGGAGGGGUUGGGGUGGAGUCAAAAGAGGUGGAGAUAACAGAGGAAAAGAGGAGCAAGAUGAAAGAUUUCUUCAAGGGAAGACUGCGAAAGUCAUCUGACACAAGGUCGUGCUCGUCUCUGGCCUCAGAGAGCAGCUUGUCUUCCAUGGCCAGUGAUAACCUUGGCCCUCCACCCAGCCUGGAUCUGCUGUCAGACCCCCCUAGCUCCCCCAUUUACACAAGCAAAGUGAGAAUUGAUGCACACUAUGGGGAAGCAGACCUAGCAAAAAAAGUGCUCACCACCCAGCACACCACCAAGAUUCUUACGCACAAGCGAGCCUUCAGCGAUGAAGCUAGUAAGAUCACCACAGCCCUCCCUCGAUCAAAUGUCGCGGUGGAGUCUCUCAAGGGUCAGACCAUGACUCAAUCCAAGUCGUCUCUCUGUAUAAAUGGAAGCCAUGUCUACGAUUCAGAGCCAUCGACUCCAAAAGGCUCCGGAGCACUCCCGUCCAAACUGGUUCUGCUGGAGAAAUAUUCACCACUGUCUCGGUCUCUGCAGAAUCUCACAAAAAGGGGAGAGGAGAAAAGUUCCUUUACCGAGGGACGGCGCUGGUCCGUUGAUAAGCUGAAGAAAGAGGAAAAGGAGGAAGAGAAAGAAGCAUUAGCUCAAGAGGCUCAGACUGGAGAUCCCCCUGUUCAGGCAGCAAUGCCAAUCGUAUCUUCAGCAGGUUGUUCACCUGAAAAAGGAAGGAAACUGAGAAAGACGUUGUUCUCUGCAGGGAGGAGCGAUUCUCUGCCUACUAAGUCAGACCUAAACCAGGCCAGUGCUUCAUCGGAGGGAAGGCUCAGAGGUUGGUUUGGCUCCGGAGACUCCCAGAACAAGCCAAGGCUGGAAUUUUCUUCUAUGGUAGAAAGCAGCUCAGAUGUACCCCCUUCCCUCUCUCCUUGCUCCCCAGUACCUCCUCCUUGCUCCUCUCCCUCUGCUUCUCCCUCUGGUCAUGUUUCACCCGACAAUCACAGUCACAUCAACCUCUUCACCCCUUCCUCUUCUCCUUCCUCAAACCCUCUCUCCCCUUCAAACCCUUUCCUGCCAUGUAUGCAGCGCAACCCCUUUUUUGAGGAGCUUGUGGCAGAAGAGUUAGAGAAGUUGCCUUCUGUUGCUCCGUGCUCCUUACCAGACUCACCCCCCUUUCAUUACACCACUCUGCCAGCAGACACUAAUCCCGAAGUCAGCAGCAAAAAUAGGGUUUCAAUAAAACGUGAGCGCCCCCGGCCAGUUGCUAAGCAGAUAUCACUACCUGCUUUAGUGCCCAAAGGAACCAUGCCUGGCUCCCCCAUCCACUCCCCUCCUUACUCCAUGCCUGAGCAUCCAGGAGAAUGGGAGGAAUCCUUUGAUGCCUUUGCCUGUAGCAGACUCAACUCCCCUAAAGGUAGAUUUCCUCCAGAACAGCCCAGAACCAGUCCAACCUUAUCUUGUAAACGUAGCUUUUCUCCGGUGGAAAACAUUGGCUGUAACUACGUACAAGAACUGCAAAGAUGCAAUGACGAGCCUCCACCUUUACCCCCAAGGAGACUUAUAAGGACUUCGGUGAAUGAAAUUUUCUCAGAUGGCUGGCUGCACAGAGGCCAGGAACUAGCUGUCCAUAAAGAAGCCUACCUCCUCUCUCAGACUGGUGUGGCAUCUUUGCAGCGUGGCAGGGAGGGUGAAUCCAAAAAAGAGAUUCCUUCUCCCAGCACAAGUUCAAGCAGCGGAACAUCAGAGUCUAUAGGCGUCCACACCCAGCCAUAUACAAACAACACCUCACUUGGACUUAUAUCUGAAGAGAACCCCAAAAGGUUCAAAUAUGAACCUUUGGAAGAUGUAGCUGACUGUUGGGGUGGAACAUUGUUUGAGCAAGACUUGUACAGACGUGCGUGCAGGGGAAAUUAUGGACAACAGAGACUAAACAGUCAUCAUUUAUCAAUGAGCACUGAGGAAAAUGCAGGGGAUAAAAUCUCAUUCAAGAACUCAGGGUCUGGAGGGCUUCUUGAUAGUGACCAUUUCAGCGUACUGUCCAGUGUUCCCGCUGAUGUACCAAAUAUAUCAUAUACUACGGCAGAGGAGACAGAAGAACUGAACCCAUGUGAAUCCACAUGCCUCAAUAAUAACAUAUCUUUUUCGCUAACACUAGGAGACCUUAACAUGAAUGUGAACAAUUCAGAUUUUGGUUUCAUUGACUCAGAUGGAUCUUCUCAAUCUGAAGCAGCCGAUAAUUUCAAAAGCAAUCUAGGAGAGAACGCUCUACCCCAAGGUUCACAAUUAGACAUUUACCAGAAGGAGACCACAUCUGGGGAUAUAUUCACAUUAAAAGACACCUAUAUAACCACUUUGAACUCUUCUUUUGAAGUAACUGCAUCUUCUAAAAAACUUUGCAAAGUACCACCAGUUUGCCAAGACAACUGCCAUGACUGUCUAUGCGAACUAGCAAAUGAAACAUUGCGUGGUCCCUGUGUGUCAAAGAGCCAAGGGAUUGUUGCUCCAUUGCAGCAAAAUCCUGCAUCUAACUCACCAGAUGUUGAAGCUGAACAUAGAGGUGAACAAAUAAGGUGUGAUGACGACUUUGUAAAGAUAAAGAAAGACUGUGAUGAUAAUGGGAACCCAGAAGACAACUUGGACAAACCUAAGCAGACCGAAUCAUUUUCAGGAGUUGUUAGUGCACGAAUCAAACCAAAAGGAGUUUCUAGACAGAACAGCAGUGACAGCCCAAGCAGCCAAAGCAAACAUGGAGACAGAGAGUUUGUGCAGUUUCUCUCCCUCGUCCAGAACAUUUCAGAAGUCAGUGAAGGACCAUUGUCUUAUCAACCAACUAAAUCAGUGCUGUCUUCCUUACAAGUUCUUGAACACCCCAACAAGUCUAAAUUGACCUCUGUCAGUGACCAAACACACCAAUUUAUGUCUAACACAAUAUCCCCAAUACCUUCAUUGGACAAAGAAAAAACGACUCCAAUCAGCUUUGAAGAUCUUCAUGCAAAAGUUGCACCAUACUGCAGAACCCCUUCCAAUACAAAGAUUAGAAAAUCUUUGCAAGAACAUGAACCCUGUUCUCCCUCCAUCCCUUCUACACUCCCCCUGUCAGCUGACACCCUGGUCUGUUGCCCCCCCAUACACGCCUCAAGCACAGGGCCUAGUGCUAAAGUCAGCACUUUGCUGGCUAUGGCCUUCUCCACCCCCUCGCUGUCUGCCACCUUCACCACUGACCAGCCCCUGACUGAUGCACGGCACUCACUUUUACCUGAGGAGACACAGCCUGCUGGCAGCCUGCCCCUUCAGGAGAGCAGGUCUCAUCCAGUGAAACCGCUGACAUCCAGCCAGCCUGAGAAGAAAGAGGGUCGCUCAGUUCUUGAGAAGCUAAAAUCGACCAUAAAUCCAGGACGAUCCACCCAUCAAGCCACACCUGAACCUGAGAAGAGUCAGGAGGUUACCGCAGACAGAGUGGCUCAAUAUCAGCACCUUACCAACAUGGAACUGAUCUCCCUGCUGCUGCAGCAGGAGAUGGACAUGGAGAAGCAGCAGGCAGCAUCUGACCAGCAGGGGGCGCAGCUGCAGAAGGUUGAGGCAGAGCUGAAGAAAGUGAAGGCGCAGGUCCGAGACCUGGAGGACUACAUUGAUAAUCUGUUACUGCGGAUCAUGGAGCAGACUCCCACACUGCUUCAAGUACGCUCAAGGCACAAGUAACUACUGAGCCAGUGUUGUUUUGGAGAUUAGCAAUGUGUGAAAGGAUUCUUUCAUUCAGACAGGAGGUAUUCUGGAGAAACGCUCCAUUAAUUUGGACUCACAAUCAUCCAGAUUGUCUCACUGCUAAUACUACUGCCUUGCUGAUGUAGACGUAAUAUUAACUUUCAUGCAUGCUGGUUACUUUUUCCCAGUUUGGCACAAACAGAAAAACUGAAGACAUGCCAUAAUAAAAGCUUUCAUAAAAGCAGACACAGAUGAUUAUUUCACACAGCUCUCACACAGUAGUAGAAUAACUUAAAGUAGUCAGCUUUUGCCACUUUAUCUUAAAAAUGGUGGCUUUUGCAUGUGCUUAAAUUAAAUGCAGACUGAAAAAAAAAGUUUUUCUAGUGCUUUGAAUUAGCUCUUAUAGAAUUUACAAUUAGACGCGAUUUGUCUUUGAAAUAAAAAGUUUGAUUUCUGGCAAAACAAUCUAAUUUCAGAUUAUUUCAUGCCAUAAAGAGUAAGUUAAAGAGUCAAUUUAAGCUUAUUACUUCUUCUGAAAGAAAAAUUAAAACAACAAAAAGGAGGAAAACAGCGUUGCAAACUCACAAAUGUUAAAGCAACAUUUAGUACGUCUUAAGAGAGUUGAGGACAAAGCCUUAGUUUAUGCAUUUUUAAGAGUUGAAGACGUUAUUUUGGUCAAGUUUUCCCUGAACUUGUUUUUCACACUUGAACUGAACCAAUGACAAUGUUUAAUGCGACGUUGUAUGUACAUCAUCGCAUUAUGUACAUACAGAAACAGUAAUACUUUACUGUAAACAACUAUAUAAUGGUAUUGUAAGUUACUUUACUUUUUUCAUGAUAAUGUAUUCUAAUGCUACCCUGAAGCACCACUGUAGCUAGCUGCAAUGCUUUAUAUGACCGCAAAACUGUAAUAAAAUAAAGCGCACAUGAACAGAG